AUGAUGAUGAUGAAUCCACUCUGGACUUUUGUUUCGCUUUAUAUUAUAUCUCAAACUGUGGGUCACAAUGAACCACCAAUUCUUUUAGUAAAAGCUGGUGAACGUGUUACUCUCAACUGUGCGUUUGUAGAUGAAUUAGUUAGAAUGAUCUGGUACAAGCAAAGAUUUGGUGAGAUGCCUCAGAAGGUGGGAGGAAGUUUAUUAUAUAAUGAAAUCAACUUUUACCCCGAGUUCAACAAAUCAGGAUUAAAAAUUGAGAAAACGGAGACUGGAAUUUCCUUGACAUUUCUACAUAUAAAUGUAGAGGAUGAAGGAUUGUACUUCUGUGGUGUAUUUAACUGGGAGGAAAAUUUAUUUUCCAAUGGAACAUUCCUAUCUGUGACAGGUGAUCAAGAAUUCAGCAUAUCAGUGUUCCAAAACAGUGAACUGGACUCUGAAGGAUCAUCAGUAAAUCUUCAGUGCUCUGUUUUGUCUGAGAGCAGAACAGCAGAACAUCAAGUGCUCUGGUUUAGAUCUUCUGCACCACAAUCCCGUCCUCAGAUAAUUUACACUCAUCACAACAGCAGCCAUAAGUGUAAGAAAAGCUCUUCUACAUACACCUGUGUGUACAACUUCUCCAAGAACAUCCUUAAUGAUACUGGUACCUACUACUGUGCUGUGGCCAUGUGUGGAAAAAUCAUUUUUGGGAAUGGAACAACUGUACAGCUGGCAUCUGUGGAUUAUUUAUGGAAGUUCCUUGCAGUAGCUUUGGUGGUGUGCAUAACUGUGAUCAUUGUUCAGUCUGUUUUAAUCUGUAAAUUUAGAAGCUGUAAACCAUACAGAGGACUGUGA